UGGGACAAGCCGACAACUGACAAGCAAAAAGAAAACUUUAAAGAUAGACAGUCCUUUUAAACCAGUGGAAAAGUAUUUUUGAACAUUUUUACAGCAAUAUUCGUGCCUUUUUACACCAGGUAGCGAAAUGCCGGUAGAUAAACUCCGAGGGUAAAUUCAGCAAUUUUAUUCCCGCUAAUUCCCGCUAAAACGGAAAUCCCGCCAUAUAAAUAUCUGUGAUAAAAUAUAAACUUUAUCAGAAUUUUGUGUUUAUAUAAAGUAUCAUAUAUCAGCAUGAACCAAGAGGCGGCGGAAGCAGAAGGAAUGCCGAAUUCAAGACGUGGAAAAUCUGAUUUAUCAUUAAUUCUCCCGACUUCAACAUUAAAUGAUUUAGUGCACACAUGGCUCUCAGAAGAUCUACCCAGCUUUGAUUAUGGUGGAACUGUCGUUGGUGACCGCGAAGAAAAAGCAGUACUGCUCUGUAAGUCGCCUGGGGUGUUGGCUGGGUGUCCGUUCUUUGAAGCUGUAUUCAAACACCUCAAUUGCAAAGUAAAAUGGUUAGUAAGCGAAGGAACCCAGCUAGUUCCUGUUUGCACUGUGGCUGAAGUGACUGGUAAAGUAAAUAGACUUCUGAUGGGUGAGAGAGUUGCUUUGAACUGUAUUACCAGAGCUAGUGGUGUAGCAACUAAAGCCAAGAGGUUGGCCGAGCUGAAACAAAUGGCAUCAUGGGCAGGUGAAGUAGCAGGCACACGGAAGACUACUCCAGGUUUCCGAUUGGUUGAAAAGUACGCCUUACUUGUUGGUGGCAUUUCAACUCAUCGUUAUGAUCAAUCCUCCUUGAUUAUGUUAAAGGAUAAUCACAUCUGGAGUGUUGGUAGUGUAAGCUCCGCUGUCAAAGCAGCAAGAAAAACAGGAGGGUUUUCAAUUAAAAUUGAAGUGGAAUGUAGAAAUAUUGCUGAAGCUAGAGAGGCAGCAAGAUCUGGUGCUGAUAUCAUUAUGUUGGAUAAUUUCACAUCUGAAGCUCUGCAUAGUACUGCAAGGGUAUUGAAAGAAGAAUUUCCUCAUCUCACUCUUGAAGCAAGUGGUGGAAUUAAUGAAGGGAAUAUUACUAAUUAUUUUGGCCCCCAUAUUGAUGUUGUAUCACUGGGCUCCCUCACACAGGGUUAUGAAUGUGUUGAUUUCUCUUUAAAAAUCCAAAAGGAAGGACGAGAUCCAAAGAAUCCAGCAGUGAAAGAGGACCUCCUUGAACUAAAUAUUUAAAUUAGUCAAAGUUGAAAGUAAAACAAAUAAAAUUGCUUAUAUGUUCUUAUCAAUUAAAUACCAAAGUUUUUGC